AUGGAGAGCGCUGCGACGACGGACGGUGACCCGUACACUUCUCGCUUCCACCGAUCGCCCUCUCACCAAGCUCGAUCAUCCCGGCGUUCUCCUCAUCUCUUCCGAUGGGUUCCUGCUUCCCAAUCUUCAACUCCAGCAGAAACAGAUUGUUGCUCAUGGGAUGGCGUCACUUGCAACGUCACCACUGGUUACGUGAUUGGUCUCGACUUGAGCUCUGAUCCCUACUCGUUCAGUUACAAGCUUUCAGGACCUAUCUAUUCCAACAGCAGCCUCUUUGGCCUCCAUCAUCUCCAAAGGCUCAACCUUGCUUACAAUGACUUCAAGUUGGCUCCUAUCCCAUCUGAGUUUGAUCGUCUUCCAAGCUUGACACAUCUCAACCUCUCCUAUUCCAAUUUCUCUGGUCAGAUACCCUGGGAAUUCUCACGCCUAACAAGGUUAGUUUCUCUUGAUCUCUCCUACUUCUCUGAUUAUGCAAAACUGGAAAGACCAAACCUUAAGGAGUUGAUCCAGAAUCUGACAUCUCUUGUGGAACUAUACCUUGAUGGUGUAGACCUCUCUAGUCCUAGUCCUAGUCCUAGUCCUACACAGGGAAGCAGCGAUCAUUGGUCUCAGGUCUUGCCGCAGUCACUUCCCAACCUCCGUGCAUUGAGUUUGAUUUACUGUGGUCUUUCAGGUCCCAUUCACUCUUCUUUCUCGCAGCUUGUCUUCCUCGAGGAGCUCCGACUUGAUGAUAACUAUAAUCUUUCUUUUGAAGCACCCAAGUUCUUGCCCCUCAAUUUCUCUCAUUUGAAGACUCUUAGUCUAAGUUAUUGUGCAUUGUAUGGAGAGUUCCCCAAUAGUGUUUUUCAACUACCCAAUCUUCGGAUCCUUGAUGUGUCAAUGAAUCUUCUCCUAAAUGGUCAAUUGCCAGAUUUUCCACUUAACAAUGCCUUUCA